UUAUCUUUAAGAUGGUCACGCCUUUCCCCUUCAAAAGGUCUGUCGACUGUUGCUCAAAAAAAAAAAGGUCUCUCGACUCUCUCGCUUUUAUCGCCGACCAGAUUGAAAAGACCCAUGUCUCCGUGUCCGAUGUUAACCGCCUCGUUUCUCUUCCUCUUCUGCUUCACUCCGCCGUUCAUCACCGCCGCAACAGACGACGAUCUCCCGACGGCGUAUUCUCUCCUCCAGAGCUACAACUUCCCCGUAGGAAUCCUCCCGAAAGGAGUCGCAUCGUAUGAUCUGGACAAAUCCACGGGGAAGUUCCACGCGUACUUCAACAAGUCGUGUAGCUUCGCUCUCCAAGGCUCUUACCAAUUGGAUUACAGUUCGACGAUCUCUGGCGUCAUAUCGGAGAACAAGCUCACGAAGCUUACCGGCGUGAAGGUGAAGGUUCUCUUCUUGUGGCUCAACAUCGUGGAGGUUAUCAGGAACGGAGACCAGCUCGAGUUCUCCGUAGGGAUCACAUCGGCGAAUUUCGCCAUCGGAGAGUUUUACGAGUCGCCGCAGUGCGGAUGCGGGUUUGAUUGCAAUGGAUUGAAGUUGAAAACUGAGAGUUUGGGAAGAAAAACAAACCUUUUUGUCUCUUCGGUUUGAAAGAGGAGAUGAGACUUUCUUACAGAAAGUCAAAGUCAACUCUUUUGGAUGCUUUUGUUUCUUUUACAACAAUUAUGUUUCUCUGUUUUUUUCUUCUUCUAAGGAUCCUUUCAAGUAAACCAGAUGUUAAGAUCUUUUGCUUGUUUUUAAAUUGUUAUUAUUUUUAUUUUAUUUUUUAAAUAUUGAUGAAA